UCUAAGUUCUAGCACCCCUUAUUUCGCGGCGGAUGUUCACGUUUAACUUUUCCAUCUGUAUAAACAUAUUGAUACAUUCGGACUAUGAAUACGUAUGACAUAAUAUGUAUUAUACACAUUAAAAAAAAAAAAAAAACCCAACCAUUUUUACUGGGAGUGGUAUAUUUUAUCUACAAGCUACCUAAUCCAUCUCUUAUGUGAAACCCAUCUGGAAGACAAGGAGAAAGCGAAGACGAAGUCGAACACCAAGAGGGGAAGGUUGAAGUUGUGAAUUUUUUUGUCCCCAGUUUCGUAGUGGCAACCGGAAAAAUGGAGCUUCUGGUGGGUCCCACAUUCAGUAUCGAGGUUGCUGCUUCGGCCACGUAUGUUAGAGACGGGCCUCAGGAGAAGAUUUCCUCCUCUUGCUUGUAUCUCAAAGAGGAUGAUGUUGGCUUCGACGAUUCCUCCCCCGGGUCGGAUCGCGUCUCUUCGUAUGCUUCGUAUGUGUCCUCGGAGAGUUCGUCCUCGAUCGGAUCUCUGGGAGACAGUGAUGAUGAAGUAGAAGAGGGCGUCGUUUCAUCUGGAGGAAGGGGUGGUUUGGCUUCUUUGCGUGUUUUAGAAGACUCUCUUCCCAUCAAGAGGGGAUUGUCGAAUCAUUAUGCAGGGAAAUCAAAGUCGUUUGCUAAUCUCUUAGAUAUAAGCUCAGUGAAAGAGUUGCACAAGGCAGAGAACCCAUUCAACAAAAGGAGGAGGGUGUUGAUUGCCAACAAAUGGUCCAGCAGGAAGUCUUCUUUUUACUCUUGGCAAAACCUCAAAUCCAUGCCCCUUCUUGCUUGGAAUGAAGACGAUGAAGAUGGAGAGGAUAAAGAAACGCCAUCAUCAAAUGACAAACUAUCAGUAUCAGUAGCAGCAACAAAACCAAGAUUGCAACAAAGCAAGCUGAAGGCUACUUUCAAGCCACAGAGUUGUUUUUCUCUAGCAGAUCUGCAAGUAGAACGUCUAUAACACUCUUUGCUUUUAGCAUGAAAAUGGUUUAGGAUUAAGAUUACUUUUUUUUUUUUUUUAAUAUUCUCUUCCUUCUCUUCUCUAUUUACUCAAAAAAGAACAAAAUUUCUAGCAAGUAUAAGUACUGUCAUAACAUAUAUAUCUAUAAAUUUAUAACUAGAUUAAACAAAAGAGUUAUUACUAAUCAUUUUUUUAAGUGUGAUUAAUCACUUAAUGAAUUUAUUAUUUUAAGGUGUUUUUAAAUUUGACUAACGAUUUUUAAAAAAAUAAAUUUAGGUCUAUUAAUCAGAACAAAGUUUAAGAGUUCGAUUACAUAUGAAAAAUGUUAUAAUACUUUCACAUGUUCAUCUAAAAGAUAGUAUUAUUUUAUUGUAAAUUAUCUUAAGAUCUUGGUGUUAUUGUUCUUAAAUUUAAUAUUAAAAUAAUUUUUAA